AUGGUGAAGGUGAAAGGCGAGACUGUGAAACUCGGAAAGCCUCGAGACUUUCCAACUUAUGGUUGGGACAACGAGUAUGGACAGCGAAUGGUGGAGGUGCCAGACUUUGAGGCGAGCAAAUACAUGGUUUCAAACGGUGACUUUUGGCAAUUUGUAGCAGCUGGCGGCUACAGCACUCAAAACUACUGGUCUGAGGACGGAUGGAACUGGAGGAAGUUCCGCAACAUGAAAUGGCCAUUCUUCUGGGUGCAGGACGGGCCUCAAGGCUCAAUGCAGUUCAAGCUCCGGACCAUCUUCGAGGAAAUCGAUAUGCAAUGGAGCUGGCCUGUUGAUGUAAACUACCAUGAGGCCAAGGCUUACUGUGCAUGGAAAUCGGAACAGGAUGGCCGCCAAGGGACAGAGGCAUAUCGCGUCAUCACAGAGGCGGAGCAUCACCUCAUCCGCCAUCCUGAGGCACGACCUGAAAAGAUGGUGGCAGUAAGAGAUGAUCCUGCACUUCGUCUAGGUGGUAUGGACUUCCCUACAGGUGCCAGUGCAAACGCCAACUUGGCCUUUGCAUCUCAAAGCCCUGUGGAUGCAAUGCCUGCGUCUCCGACAGGUCACCACGAUGCAAUGGGCAACGCAUGGGAGUGGACAGAAGAUCACUUCAACCCGCUAGAGAACUUUGAGGUUCAUUACACCUACGAUGACUUCUCCACGCCGUGCUUUGAUGGGCGACAUCAUAUGAUCAUGGGUGGCAGCUUCGCCAGCAAAUCCGAUAACGGAGCAUCGGGCUUCUGCCGCUUUCACUUCCGACCACACUUUCUGCAGCAUUCAGGUUUCAGAUUGGUCUCUUCAAACUCGCCUGCUCCAGCACGACACUUGGAACAGUUGAACAUGCAGGGUGAAGCAACAGCAGACGCAGCUGUGAGCACUUCUGCUGCCGGAACCGGUGCUGCAGUUGCUGGCCACGCUGGCUAUGAGACUCAACGUCUCGUGGAUCAAUAUUUGGGGCUUCAUUUUCCAGCCUCUGGUGCGAAUGAGGUCGAUCCCAUCCUGAGCCACCCAAACGCUCCAGAACAUGCCUUGCGCUUCCCACAGCGAGUUGCUCAAUUGCUCCUGGAGGUGCUUGGUGUGGACUUCAGCCAAGCUUUCAUUGAUGCUGCGGAGAGAAUGAGGAAGGGAGAGGCCAUUCGCUUCAAGAUCCCUUUGGAAGGAGGACUUGAGGCCGAAGUCACUGCGCAGCACGAGGCAAAUGUGGAUGCUGCAGCCCGUGAGCGUGUGAGGUUCCAGACAGGAGACGCAUGCAGGCUGAAGGAUCAAACCGCGGAGCUUGGCACCUUUGACGGUGCAGUGCUGGCCAACCUAUUGUGCCGGCUGCCAGAUCCAGUGGCAUGUCUGGAUGGCCUUGCAGCUUUGAUCCGCCCGAAUGGUGCUGUUGUGAUCGUGACUCCUUUCUCUUGGUUAGAGGACUUUACUCCAAAGUCCAAGUGGUUGGGCGGCUACGAGGAAAAUGGCGAAGCUGUGCACUCCAAGGAUCAACUUCAGAAACUGAUGGAGGCUCGAGGAUUUACGAAGCUGUCACAGCAAAAGCUGCCGCUUGUGAUCCGAGAACAUCAGAGGAAGUACCAGUACAUCGUGCCCGAAGCAACAGUUUGGCGCCGAUAGUGGCCGGCAGUGUCAAAUGUGUAUGAGUCAUGCAUUUGAGCCACGCUGAAAGGGC